CUUUAAUCAUAAUGUUGGCAAGGAAAUUAAUAUUGUCUAAUUUGAAUACUACUUGCAAGAGGUUUAUUUCCCAUGAAUCCAAGAAGGGAGGGAAACGUUAUAUACAAACGAUUCCAACUAACAAAUCAAGUACUCCUGAUUUUUAUUCUGGUUUGAAUUAUAGUUUGAAAUCAAAAGGUGAUGAUGGUAAUAAUGCUUCUGUAUCUAGUGGAGGUGGUUCUAAAUGGGCUAAACAUUCGCUAACUUUCCCCAGUUCCGAAUUACCGGCUGAAAAGGAGGAACAACAGAAGUUAAAACAAAAAGCAUCUACUGCUCCAUUGAGAAGAUCAAGAGCUUCUAAAUUUUCCAAUAGAUCCUUAAAAGAUAUUUCUACUCCAUCCGCAUCUUCGAAUGUCAAGACUGACUCUUCUGCAUCACCAAAAUCAUCCACUGCAUCUGAUACCACUACUAAUACUCCAAAUAUAACGGUUGCUAGUGAACCUAGUAUGCCAAAAGUGAAUGAAACCAAAAACAAUACUGCAUCAACUGAAGCUCCUAAGAAGGCUAAGAAACCAAGAAGAGCUUUACGUCCAAGAAAAGCAUUGAUUACCUUAUCACCAAAUGCCGUUGAGCAUUUGAGAGGAUUAUUGGACCAACCCGAACCUCAAUUAAUAAGAAUUGGUGUUAAAAACCGUGGUUGUUCUGGUUUAACUUAUCAUUUAGAAUACGUUACCGAAGGGGGUAAAUUCGAUGAAUUGAUUGAACAAGAUGGAGUCAAGGUGUUGAUUGACUCUAAAGCUCUUUUUUCAAUUGUUGGUUCUGAAAUGGACUGGUUGGAUGAUAAGUUGUCCUCCAGAUUUAUCUUUAAAAAUCCAAAUUCAAAGGGUACUUGCGGUUGCGGUGAAUCUUUUAUGGUUUAAUCAAUUACAUUUUAAUGACUACAUUUUAACGGUUUUCAAUUCUUUUCAUAAUUUAUU